CCUGGGUCAGGGGUUCGGCCGCCCGGCCCAGAAGUUAAGCGCCUCAGCAGGAGCUUCUUUCCAGCGCCUUCCCAGAAGUGAUGCCAAGAUUCUGCGAACACAGUUGAAGUGUUUAAAUGUUCUUGUUUCCCGGUAUUUUCAGAGCAGAGGUUUCUGAAGACUCCUUCCCAGAAACGAUCAGGAAGUAUCGAGAGGCAGAAGCACCUUCUGUCUCCGUCUGUAUCCCAUCUUAGCAAAGUGGAGGCUUUGUCGAGGCCUCAGCGGGAUCCAGCAGAAGGCGGGUCCUUGUCCCUGUGUGCUCUUGGAGGCGAAGAUCUGGACUUGGCUGCCGUCCCUUGGGGCUGGCUUGAGGAGGAGCCCUCGGGGAGUGGGUGCUGGGUGCCUGGAGGCCCACGCAUCACCUGGUUUUCUUCUUCCCUCCGCCUCUCCCGCCCACCCGCCUGUGCUUCCUCCCCUGCUCUCUGGGCUGACAGCCCUGCUCUAGGCACCAACAUGCUCCAUCUUCUCUUGUGGGCUGUAGGGGCCUCAUCAUGAGGUCUGAUGUAAAGAGAGGGCUCUCAAUUUUGCUCAGUACACGGUCAGCCAUGUAUUUCCAGUUUUAGAGGAAAGAGAAAUGCCAGUUUAACUUGUACGAACAAGAAGGCAAGCCCCCAUCUCUCCUGCACCUCCUGUACCGCGGGCGGCCUGCAGGAUCAUCGCUUCUCAGCAGUCUCUCGGCGUGGUCUGUGGUGUCGGCAUGUGUGGCCCCAUCUCGAGGACCUGCUUCGCCCGGUCGGUGGGGCACUUUUAAUGAACACAGCUCUACUUCCAGGAGUUUCUUCGGAAGGCCGUAGAGAAGCACACCGUUUAAGAACCAGGUGGCCUUGGGCGUUUGCGGUGGCCGGAGUGGCCGGACCUUGCCCAGCGUGCUGGGAAAUGCUGGUCCUCGGACACACGUCGCCCUCCCUCCAGGCUGUGCUGCGGGUCAGGGCCCCGAGGCUCUGAACAGCGUCCACCCUGACACCCCCCGCGGCCUCCGCUGCCGACGAGCGCUUGCUGCAGACGCCCCCGCUGCGGCGCCUGCUGAGGAGGAUGUGGCUGCCCGUCGGGGGGCUGCUGGCCACCCUCGCCGUGGUGGUUGGAACAGCAGUGGCGUUCGCACCCAGCCCUAGGAUCACCUGGGAGCACCGAGAGGUGCAGCUGAUGCAGUUUCACCAGCCAGGCAUCUUCAACUACUCGGCCUUGCUGCUGAGUGAGGACAAGGACACCCUGUACGUGGGCGCCCGGGAAGCCGUGUUUGCACUGAAUGCGCUCAACAUCUCCCAGAAGCAGCACGAGGCAUACUGGAGGGCUUCCGAAGAUAAAAAAGCAAAAUGUGCGGAAAAGGGGAAGUCAAAGCAGACAGAAUGUCUCAACUACAUCCGGGUGCUGCAGCCGCUCAGCGCCACCGCCCUCUACGUGUGCGGGACCAACGCGUUCCAGCCGACCUGUGACCACCUGGACUUAACAUCCUUUCAAUUUCUGGGGAGAAAUGAAGAUGGCAAAGGAAGGUGUCCCUUUGACCCGGCACAAAGCUACACGUCGGUCAUGGUCGAUGGAGAGCUCUACUCCGGGACAUCCUAUAACUUCCUGGGAAGCGAACCAAUCAUCUCCCGGAAUUCUUCGCACAGCCCUCUGAGGACAGAGUACGCCAUCCCUUGGCUUAAUGAGCCCAGCUUCGUCUUUUCUGACGUGAUCCGGGAGAGCACAGACGGCGCCGAGGGCGAGGAUGACAGGGUCUACUUCUUCUUCACGGAGGUGUCUGUGGAGUACGAGUUCAUCUUCAAGUUGAUGAUCCCCCGGGUGGCGAGGGUGUGCAAGGGGGACCUGGGCGGCCUCAGGACCUUGCAGAAGAAGUGGACAUCCUUCCUGAAGGCCAGGCUGAUCUGCUCCAGACCUGAGAGCAACCUCAUCUUCAACGUGCUGCAGGACAUCUUCGUCCUCAGGUCCCCAGACCUGAAGGAGCCUGUGUUCUACGGGGUCUUCACCCCGCAGCUGAACAACAUGGGGCUGUCGGCCGUGUGCGCCUACAACCUGUCCACGGCCGAGGCGGUCUUUUCCCGUGGGAAGUACAUGCAGAGUGCCACGGUGGAGCAGUCCCACACCAAGUGGGUGAGCUACAACGGGGCCGUGCCCACGCCGAGGCCCGGGGCGUGCAUCAACCGGGAAGCACGGGCGGCCAACUUCUCCAGCUCCCUCAACCUGCCUGACAAGACCCUGCAGUUUGUCAAGGACCACCCUCUGAUGGACGACUCCGUGACCCCGAUAGACAACAGGCCCAAGCUGGUCAUAAGCGACGUGAACUACACGCAAAUCGUGGUGGACAGGACGCAGGCCCUGGAUGGGGCCGUCUACGACGUCAUGUUUAUCGGCACAGACCGGGGCGCCCUGCACAAAGCUGUCAGCCUCAAGAGCGGCGUCCACAUCAUCGAGGAGACGCAGCUCUUCCCAGACCUCAAGCCGGUCCAGACUCUGCUGCUGUCUUCCAAGAAGGGCAGGAGGUUUGUCUAUGCGGGUUCCAGCUCGGGCGUGGUGCAGGCCCCCCUGGCGUUUUGCGGAGAGCUUCACACCUGCGUGGACUGCGUGCUUGCCCGGGACCCUUACUGCGCCUGGAGCCCAGCCACUGCGGCCUGUGUGGCCCUACCUGAGACUGACAGCCCCAGGAGGGAUCUCGUUCAGGAGAUGAGUGGAGACACGUCCGUCUGCCCCGAUAAAAUUAAAGAAAGUUACCGGCAGCAUUUUUUCAAGCACGGCGACACAGCAGAACUCAAAUGCUCCCAAAAGUCCAACCUGGCCCGGGUGGUGUGGAAGUUCCAGAACAGUGGGCUCAAGGCCGAGAGCCCGAAGUAUGGCCUGGUGGGCAGGAAGAACUUGCUCAUCUUCAACCUGUCGGAGGGAGACAGCGGGGUGUACCGGUGCCUGUCGGAGGAGCGAGUCAGGGACAAGACUGUCUUGCAGGUGAUGGCCAAGCACGUGCUGGAGGUCAAGGUGGUCCCUCGGACCCCAGUGCCCUUCACCUCACCGGCCGUCCGGACCGAGGGUGGUAGGAUCACCCCCAAAGUGUCAGCGGGGCCCACCCAAGGCUCCUCUCCCCAGACCCCAGCUGUGCGGGCCACUACACCCCGUGCCAUCAUCCCGUCCUCCAGCGCUGUGCCCACCAGCCUGUCCCGCAAACCAAAGACGGUCAGCAGCGUGGUGUCCGAGGUCCACUCAGAGAAGACGGUGUAUCUCAAGUCUGGCGACAACCGCCUCCUCAUGUCGCUCUUCGUCUUCUUCUUCGUCCUCUGUCUCUGCCUCUUCGCCUAUAACUGCUACAAGGGCUACCUGCCCGGACAGUGCCUCAAGUUCCGCUCGGCCGUGCUGCUCGCCAAGAAGCAGCCGGUGUCCGACCUGUCCGACUGCGAGCCGAGCGCGAAGGAGACGCUGGUGGAGCAGGGCAGCUUCUCGCAGCAGAACGGGGGGCAGCCCAAGCCGGCCCUGGACACUGGCUAUGAGACCGAGCAGGACACCAUGGCCAGCAGGUUGCCCACCGACAGGGAGGACUCGCAGAGGAUCGACGACCUGCCGGUCAGGGACAGGCCGUUUGACGUCAAGUGUGAGCUGAAGUUCGCCGACUCAGACGCGGACGGGGACUGAGGCCCGCUCGGGGAGGUCCGUGUGUCGCCGUGCAGUAGCCUCGUCCAAUGCCUGUCCUGUGCGUAGGCAGCCCGUCGUCAGCCAACCUCAGUCUUCUGUGUCUUUUCUCUCGGGUCGAGCUUGUGACUUGGUUCUCUUUGUCCUUUCGGAAAACGGCGAGCGUCGUGCCGCGGCGUCCCUCGGUGGGUCGGAGCAGCUCGGGCCAUCCCUGCAGGUGGCCGUGGGGCAGUUGGCAGACGGUCCUGGCCCAGGAGGAGUUGUUCUUGAGUGCCCCUCUCCCAGCAGCCACUGAAAGAUAAUUUAAUUCCAGAUUGGAAAUGAUGUUUUAGUUUAUCAGAUUGGUAACUUAUCGCCUGUCGUCCAGAUUGGCACAGACCUUUCCUUCUGCAACGUUAUUUUUUAGGAUUUUGCUUUAAUUGUGUCGGUGCGUUAGGCCAUUUGUUUGAAUUACUAAAGCAGAUGUUUUAAUAUUUAGAAGAUGUACAUCUUCUAGGUUUUGUUGUAUAUUAGGGUAAGAUAUGGCUUAUGUUGCUUACGAUUCUCAGGGAUAAACUUACUUUUGCUGAAUACAUUCUUUCUGCUUUUAGAAACGUAGACAAAAGCAUCUCUUGAGCACACUUGCUUUUUUUUUUUUUAAUUUUAUUCCUUGAGGGAAGCAUCAUUUUCAGAGAGAGUUUCUUUCUGUACUUUUUUUCUCUUGUUUUAACUUUUUCAAAGAAGCGAGGGCAGUGGAGGACUGGCCCAUGACGCGGGGCAGGGCUGAGUGAGAGACAGUGCGCAGGCUGGCCCAGAGCCGGGGGCACAAGCGUCGUACCAUCUGAUGCCCACAGCCCUGGUGGAAACCUCCUGUCCAGACAGAUGGAGCGCUCGCCAAGACUCUCUGGUCAUCCGAAGGUCUCCUUCUCUUUGCUUCCAUCUUGCACCCAGUGCUGCCCAGAUGUUCUGCCUGGCCUAACAGCCGUCCACAACUGGAAGAGAACUGGGCAGCGGUGGACAGAUGGGCCUGUGACCACCACACCCCCACGGACGCCACCAUCGCAGACCUGCUGGGCCUGACGCUGUCCUCGAGGUGCGCACAGGCGGUGAGGUCCACCAUCACGGACUUCACACUCCACCUCCCCUUUCUGGAAACCCACAAGAGGAGACUUUUUUCCGUGGCAAGGAGCAAUAAACUCUGGAUUUUUGUGUGCCUAUGUGGACGGUCUCGUCUUCCAGCAUGAUCAGAUUCAAAUGCUUUGGUGUAAACAUUUGUGUUUUAUAAGAUUUACUUUGUUUUUAUUUUUCUACUUUGAAUUGUAUACAUUUGGAAAGUAAUCAAAUAAAUGAGAAGCUUAUAUCCUUGA